ACCCCCUCUUUUACACUUGGAUUUCCCGCUCUUCUAGUACACACUCCUCCGUAACCCCCUUUUAUAGUUUCAUCCUCCCCUCUCCCCCACCACUCUCUCUCUCUCUUCGCUCCCGCCACUCCAGCCACCGCAGCUGCCGCCUCUCCUUCUCUCGUCAGGGGAAUUAUAGUGUGAAGACUGAAGUGCUUCAUUUUUUAGUUAACUGGACAAAGGGUUUGGUGGGUAGAUAGGAAUUUCCGAUGGGGAAGGAUGAGGAGGAAAUGAGAGGGGAGAUUGAAGAGAGGUUGGUAAAUGAAGAGUACAAGAUAUGGAAAAAGAACACACCAUUUUUGUAUGAUUUGGUGAUCACCCAUGCUCUUGAGUGGCCGUCUCUUACUGUUGAGUGGCUCCCUGACCGAGAUGAGCCUCCCGGGAAGGAUUACUCGGUCCAGAAGAUGAUUUUGGGGACCCACACUUCUGAGAAUGAGCCCAACUACCUUAUGCUGGCUCAGGUCCAGCUCCCUCUUGAAGAUGCUGAGAAUGAUGCCCGGCAUUAUGAUGACGAACGGUCUGAUAUGGGUGGAUUUGGGUGUGCCAAUGGGAAGGUACAAAUUAUACAGCAGAUAAACCAUGAUGGGGAGGUUAACCGGGCACGCUAUAUGCCUCAGAAUCCAUUCAUAAUUGCCACCAAAACAGUGAGCGCAGAAGUAUAUAUAUUUGACUACAGUAAACACCCGUCCAAGCCACCACUUGAUGGUGCUUGUAAUCCCGAUUUGAGGUUACGGGGCCACAACACUGAAGGAUAUGGUCUAUCAUGGAGUAAAUUCAAGCAGGGCCAUUUAUUGAGUGGUUCUGAUGACGCUCAAAUUUGUCUUUGGGACAUCAAUGCGACUCCUAGAAAUAAAACUCUCGAUGCCAUGCAAAUAUUUAAGGUUCAUGAAGGUGUUGUUGAAGACGUCUCAUGGCAUUUGAGGCAUGAAUACUUGUUUGGCUCUGUUGGAGAUGAUCAGUAUCUGCUUAUAUGGGACCUUCGAACUCCAUCAGUUACCAAGCCUGUCCAGUCUGUAAUUGCCCACGAAAGUGAGGUGAACUGCUUGGCUUUUAAUCCUUUUAAUGAAUGGGUUGUGGCAACGGGUUCUACUGAUAAGACUGUCAAGUUGUUUGAUCUAAGGAAACUCAACACUUCACUGCAUACUUUUGAUUGUCACAAGGAGGAGGUCUUUCAAGUUGGGUGGAGUCCUAAAAAUGAGACUAUCCUGGCUUCAUGUUGUCUUGGUAGGAGACUGAUGGUGUGGGACCUUAGCAGAAUUGAUGAAGAGCAAACCCCAGAGGAUGCCGAAGAUGGUCCUCCAGAGUUGCUAUUCAUUCAUGGAGGUCAUACCAGCAAAAUAUCCGACUUCUCAUGGAAUCCAUGUGAAGAUUGGGUCGUGGCUAGUGUCGCUGAAGACAACAUUCUUCAAAUAUGGCAGAUGGCUGAGAAUAUAUACCAUGAUGAAGAUGAUUUAUCAACAGAUGAUGCAAAUGCCAUCAAGGGCUCUUAACUUUAAUUUAAUUUGUAGAGUUUCUGAUGCUUCAAUCUUAUGGAAAGAAGCGUAGUUACAUUUAGGGCUUGUGUAUCUCCUGUUUUCUGGGUGUAGGAAUCUGCUAAGUCGAAUCAGUAAUCUUUAUGUUCUAAUCUCCUUCCUUGCCCCCAGUUUGCCCACAAGUCCACAACUAUGAGUUGGUGGUAAAAUUGAUUUAUAUGUAUUACCAAUCUUUGUGAAUUUGUUAGGCACUUAGGCAUAUAUAUUAUGAAUGAUUGGUUGUUUUUAA